CCACGUAUUGGAUUUUGAAAAAGAAAAUAGCAUUCAUCUGACGUUUAAAAAUUUUCUUAACCUACAAACACAAUAACCUCGAAAGUAGUUUUCCUAAAUUUGUUGUAUUCCUUUUGCACAUUUACUUUUGCAGCGAUGUCUCCCCACUGAUCUCGCAUUUCCGGUUUAACACUCCUAACGUGUUUACUUAAGAAACUCCGCUCUGCCAGCAUGUCACAUAUCAGCUAUGAAUAAUUCAUAAUUAACUGCUAAACACCAAAAUCAAAUUAAAAAUGCGCGUAUCGUAUACGAAAUCGAUAUAAGUGUGUGCGUCUAAAUCAACUGGUCUCACAUUCCCGCAAAACACAUCAUCAUCAAAUGAUGCAUUUCAAAUGUCGCCUGAGAAGAAUCAACUUUAAAUCCAUAAUAAUUGUGAUAGUGUUCAUAAUAGCUAUACUUUAUUUGAAGGAAUGGAGCAGUGCUGUUGAGGAUGUGGUCAAAAGUGAGGCAUUCGUGUUUGAUACACCAGAGGCAAUUGGUUUGGAGGAAAAGGUUAAGCAGUAUGAAGCUGGAAUUGUAGAGAAUUUGGGUAACAAUGGUGAUGCUGCUUAUUUGGAGGGUCCAGAUAGGGUUAAAGGGGAAGAGGCCCUGAAGAAGGUGGCAUUGAACACUGUGCUCAGUGAUAGGAUGCCACUGAAUAGAACACUCAGGGAUCCCAGGAACAAGAAGUGCAAAAAUUUUACUUACAGACCUAAAUUGAAAGCCAGUGUUGUGAUUAUCUUUUACAAUGAGAUUUACAGUGUGAUAUUGAGGACAGUGUGGAGUGUUAUAUUGAGGACUCCUCCACAUCUGCUACAAGAAAUUAUUUUAGUUGAUGAUGCCAGCACAGAAGAGGGUUUAAAGGAGUUAUUGGAUCAUUACAUAAAGACAAGACUGAAGAAUUAUGAUAUAAAAUUGCUAACAUUAAAACAUAGGAUGGGUUUGAUUAGGGCGAGACUGCAUGGGGCUAGGGUGGCCAGUGGAGAUGUGCUCAUAUUUUUGGACGCUCACUGCGAGGCAACAGAACAAUGGGCGGAGCCCCUUUUGGCUCGCAUCGAGGAGGACAGGACUGCAGUUCUCGUGCCAAUAAUAGAUGUUAUCGAAGCCCAUAAUAUGGCUUACGCAACAAAUGGUGAAACAUAUCAGGUUGGCGGUUUCACCUGGGCCGGCCACUUCACGUGGAUCGACAUACAGGACGAAGAGGACAAACACACUUUGGGUCCGGUGAAAUCUCCGACGAUGGCCGGUGGAUUGUUCGCCAUCGAUAGAAAGUACUUCUGGGAGGUCGGAUCUUACGAUGAGCAGAUGGACGGCUGGGGCGGUGAAAACUUGGAAAUGUCUUUCAGGAUAUGGCAGUGCGGCGGCCGUUUGGAAACGGUGCCGUGCUCUCGCGUCGGGCACAUCUUCCGCGACUUUCACCCGUACUCUUUCCCGGACAACAAGGACACGCACGGCAUAAACACGGCUCGCCUGGCCCAUGUUUGGAUGGACGAGUACAAGCGGUUGUUCUUCAUGCAUCAGCCUUCUUUGGAGAACAAUCCGAUCAUCGGCGAUCUCACCCACAGGAAGCAACUGCGACAGAAGCUCAGAUGCAAGAGCUUCAGGUGGUACUUGGAGAAUAUUUAUCCGGAGAAGUUCAUUCCGGACGAGAACGUUAUUGCGUACGGGCAGGUGAAGAACAAAUACGAUAUGUGUUUGGAUGAUCUUCAACUUGCCGACGAUAAGGUGGGUCCUUUGGGGAUCUACCAGUGCCAUCCUUAUGUAGCCAUGUCUCAAUACUUCUCUAUAAGUUCCAAAGGGGAGCUGAGGAAAGAAGCGUUCUGUGCGGAGGCUUUUUCUACGAACGUUGUCCAACUCACGGAGUGUCACAGCCACAGUCGCGAGCAGUUCUGGGUUUACUUCCCUAAGGAAGGUCGCAUUUACAGUCCGUCCUUCAAGAAGUGUCUCAGUUCGGAAGGAGUGCGAGAGUCCAGCGGGCUGGUCGUGGAUUCCUGUAAGAAUUCGCCGCAUCAGAAGUGGACGUUUACCAAUUUCAACAACACAGGGAUUGUUUGAUUUUACACAUGUUAUAAUAUUUA